AUGUUGACUGAUCCAACUCUACCCCGUGUCAAAGCUGCCUUUGUGGUCUUAGUUAGAAAUAGUGAACUUUAUUCUUUACGAUCCUCUAUGCGUUAUCUUGAAUCUCGUUUUAAUCAUAAAUAUAAUUAUCCGUGGAUUUUUCUCAACGAAGAACCUUUUACAGAGGAAUUUCAAAACUUAACUCGUAUGAUGACGAAGGCUGAUGUUCAAUAUGGGCUUGUCCCUGAAGAACAUUGGAGUUACCCGGACUGGAUUGAUCAAGAGAAAGCUGCUGAAUGCCGUAAAAAUAUGGCUAGUAGAAACAUAGUCUAUGGUGGAAGUGAAAGUUAUCGGCAUAUGUGUAGGUAUCAAUCUGGAUUCUUUAUGUUGCAUCCGUUAUUAGAUAAUCUUGAUUAUUAUUGGCGUGUUGAGCCUGGAGUUAAGUUUUCUUGUGAUAUAGAGUACGAUCCCUUUAGACUAAUGCAAGAAAGAGAUUUAAAGUAUGGAUUUACAAUUGCACUUAAAGAAUAUAGAGCAACAAUACCUACUUUGUGGGAAACCACAAUCACUUAUGCAAGAAGCCAUCCAGAAUAUGUUUAUCCUCGUACUAGGCCGGAUAGUUUAUUAAAGUUAAUCAGUAACGAUAAUGGUUGGUCCUAUAACCUUUGUCAUUUUUGGAGUAAUUUUGAGAUCGCUUCUGUAAAGUUUAUGAGAUCAGAAGGAUAUCAAUCCUACUUUAAAUAUUUAGAUGAAGCUGGUGGGUUUUUUUAUGAAAGAUGGGGAGAUGCACCUGUUCACUCGAUUGCAGUGGCUUUAAUGUUAAAGAAGAGUGAUGUUCAUUGGUUCUAUGAUAUUGGUUAUAAACAUGAUAACUUUGAACACUGUCCUACUGAGCAAGAAUGGUUUGUGAAUAGUAAAUGUUAUUGUAACCCUGGCACUUCCUUUGAUUUUAAUCCUGGUUCGUGUACAAACUUAUUUUUGGAUGUAGUGGGAAAGAGUGCUUCUGAUUUUAUUAUUACAAGACCUGAUGAAAAGGAUUUAUAG